AUGGAGAGUGAAGGAGAUAUUCCUAGCAGCUGCGGGAACGAAAGGUUUCGGAAGAUGGCAACUUUGGUGGAUUCGGCGGCGAAGGAGAGGGAGCGGGAGAAUGACAAGUGCCUGGACCCGCAGCUGUGGCACGCCUGCGCCGGUGACAUGGUCCAGAUGCCGCCGGUGAACUCCAAGGUUUACUACUUCCCGCAGGGCCACGAGGAGCAUGCGCAUGCGCAGGGACAGGGCCCCGUCGAGUUCCCCGCCGGGCGUGUCCCGGCGCUCGUCCUCUGCCGCGUCGCCGGCGUCAGGUUCAUGGCCGAGCCGGACACCGACGAGGUUUUCGCCAAGAUCCGCCUCGUCCCCGUCCGGGCAAACGAGCAGGGGUACCCCGCCGACGCCGACGCCGACGACGGCAUUGACGCCGCCGCGCAGGAGGAGAAGCCCGCGUCGUUCGCCAAGAUGCUCACGCAGUCCGACGCCAUCUCCGGCGGGAUGUUCUCCCACUUCUCCGUGUCGCGCUACUGCUCCAAGACCAUCUUCCGGCGACUCGACUGCUCCACCGAUCCCCCGUCCCAGACCAUCCUCGCCAAGGACGUCCACGGCGUGGUCUGGAAGUUCCGCCACAUCUACCACGACAUGCCGCUGUGCCACCGCCUCACCACGGGGUGGAGCACCUUCGUCAAGCAGAAGAAGCUCGUGGCCGGCGACUCCGUCGUGUUCAUGCGCACCAAGAAUGGGGAUCUCCGCGUCGGCAUCCGGCGCGGCAAGAAAGGGGGCGUCGGUGGCCCGAAGCUGCUGCCGCCGCCGCUGCUACCGGAAAUCGCAAAUUACGGCGGAUUCCCCAUGUUCCUGAGAAGCGACGACGACAGCAACAAGAUGGCGGCGGCGGCGGCCAGCGGGAAGGUGAGAGCUCGGGUGCGGCCGGAGGAGGUCGUCGAAGCGGCCAAUCUUGCCGUGAGCGGGCAACCCUUCGAGGUCGUUUACUACCCAAGGGCGAGCACGCCGGAGUUCUGCGUGAAGGCCGGGCCGGUCAUUGCGGCGAUGCGGACGCAGUGGCUCGCCGGCAUGAGGUUCAAGAUGGCAUUUGAGUCGGAGGACUCAUCGAGGAUCAGCUGGUUCAUGGGGACUGUAUCGGCCGUGCAGGCAGCUGACCCCGUUAGAUGGCCUAAUUCACCAUGGAGAAUACUUAAGGUGUCUUGGGACGAACCGUACUUGUUAUGGAAUGUGAAGAGAGUGAGCCCAUGGUCGGUUGAGCUUGUGUUAAAUAAGCCAGCCAUCCACCUUGCUCCUUUCUCACCGUCUAUGAAGAGGCCUCGUGAACCAUUGUACCUCGAUCUUUCCACCAUCGACGACCAGUUUCCGACGCCGAUGUUCGGUGGAAAUCCAAUCGCCCGUGGGAUUGGCACUCCUACAGGUGAACAGGGAGCUAAGCAUGCUCAAUUUGGUAUGUGUAUACCAGAUAUCCACCUUAACAUGCAGUCGAGUCUGUCGACUCACAGGGAGUGGAGGCCGGAUAAUACGGAGCUUACCGGGGAAGGCACAUCAGGGCCAGCAUGGAACAGCAUUGUGCAGACCAAAACAUAUCAAUAUUUGCCCAACGUCGAACAGUGGAUGCAGGAUAAACCGGUGAUGCUCCAGAGAGCCCUCUCUCGCAUGCACGAUCUCGUUAAUGUCGCGGAGUUGUGGGUUCACAAGGAUGCCGUUGCUAGGCUCCUCCAGGAAGCCAAGGAUGAAGUGUACAGUGCUGAAAACCUCUUGGACGAGCUCGACUACUAUGAGCUCCAGUCAAAAGUUAACCAAAAUACAAAUCCAUUUCGAUUCCCAUUGCAUUUUGAAAUCUUAAUGGACUGGAUCCAUACAAAUAUUGAUCAUCUAAUAGGCCAAAUGGGGAACCUGGGAUUGCAAGACAUGAGACACAUGUCUAUGGAUAAAUCAUUGCAUCAAAAAGUGGAUCUUUUUCAUGAGGAAACAAUUGUGGGGCGUGGAAAGGAUUUGAUGGAGUUGUUGAUCCGCGUGCUUGAUUUCCAGGGGAGAAGUUCCACCAGUGACCGGGAGCAAGCCAGUUGUACUUCUGUACUUGAUCUCGAUCAAACAAGAUCAGAGAAUGUAUGUGUUUUGCCAAUUGUAGGAAGUGGUGGUGUUGGGAAGACUACUUUGGUCCAUCAGAUUUUCAAUGAAAAGAGAAUCCAGGAUCAUUUUGACCAGCAAAUCUGGUUGUGUGUUUCAGAUGGCUUCGAUGAGAAGAAGUUGAUUACGAGGCUACUAUGCUCCCUCGCUGAUAAUGAACUGAAAUCUGAUGAUUUAAGUUGUCUCCAGAGAUUUCUAACUAAUGGUAUCAUUCACCACUCAAAGAGAUUCUUGCUUGUACUUGAUGAUAUGCAGGAGGAUGUAUGCAAAGAAGAAUUCAACGGAUGGAAGGGUUUUCUGGCCCCAUUAGAAUGUGCGAGGCCAGGAAGUACAAUUUUGGUGACAACAAGGUCUUUGAAGGUUGCAGAGCAUCUUGGUACAAAGAAGCACUUUGUCUUGGAUGGCUUGCCUGAGGAAUCACUUUGGGAGUUAUUUAGGAUGCAUGCAUUCGGUUCUGAUUAUACAAACCGCAAUCAGGAGUUGGAGGGUAUUGGCAGAAGCAUUGUUGCAAGAUUAAAUGGUUCUUCUCUUGGUGCCAAGAUUCUAGGACGACUAUUAAGCUUGAAACUUGAUGGCAUAUAUUGGAAGAGCAUCUUGGAAAGUGAGCUGUGGGAUCUGCCUCAUCAGGAGGUGAUCAGUAGCAACCCAGCCCUUCUGUUGAGUUACCAAUAUAUGCCCUCCCCUCUGAGGCAUUGCUUUUCCUUUUGUUCUCUGUACCCUAAAGGAUACAGUUUGGAGGCAGAACUCCUAGUGAAUUGCUGGGUGGCAGUGGGCUUAGUGGCACCUUAUGGGGAUAUGCUUGCAGCAGAUAUUGGCCACUUGUACUUCCAGCAGCUUGUGGACAGAUCUUUUUUACAGAGGGUAACAUCUUCCAAAUAUGUCAUGCAUGGUUUGCUCUACGAUAUGGCACAUCAAAUUUCGUCGAGCGAAUGCUUUGUGAUAAAAGGCAGUGGUGACUUGUCGAGAAUUCCGCCCAAAGUUCGUCAUGUGUCAAUACUCAACUACAGUGGUCUCAGUAGCAGUGAUCUAGAAAGCUUGCAAAAUUACAGUACAUUGCGGUCAGUUGUGUGCAUUGGCAUCAACUCUGAUGCCCUUACUGCUUCUGUACUUGAAACAUGGUUCAAUCAUCUCACUAACAUCCGGAUGCUGAAAUUCAUCUCAUGCCAGCCGAAAGAGAUACCUGGGAAUGUUGGCAACCUGAUAUGUCUUCGCUAUCUCGACAUUUCCUCCUGCGAAUUGGAGGUACUUCCUGAUUCUUUUUGGCGUCUUCAUAAGCUGGAAAUCCUAGAUGCUCAGAACUGCAGGUUUGAUUGUGUCCCCAAAGAAAUUGUCAAACUGGUGAAUCUGAGGAAGGUUAGACUGAAGGGUGGUCUUAUCGACCAGCUAGGAUGUGUACCGGGAGUAGGCAAACUCAUCUUUCUUCAAGAGAUGCCUUACUAUGCUGUUGACGACACACCCGGAAGGAGAAUUGAAGAGCUGGAGAACAUGAACCAUCUCCGAGGAGCACUGGAGAUCAGUGGCCUUCACCAUGUGACAGGCAAGGAGCAAGCUGCUGGGGCUAGCCUAGACAAGAAAAUCCAUCUUGAUACACUGACCCUUUCAUGGCAUGACUCGAUCAGGCCUGACAAGCACAACAGCAACCUGGAGAUGGAGGUGCUGGAGAGCCUACGCCCUAGCCCCAGCAUCAAGAAUCUGGAAAUGAGGUUUUACAUGGGCUCUGGGUUUAAUCCAAGCUGGUUUUACAUGGGCUCUGAGUUUCAUCCAAUCUGGUUUCUGUACGGUAAAGAAGAUGAGCCAAUCAGUGGCAGGUUGGAAUCGCUCUCGAUCAGCUCCUGCCCUAACAUCGUGAGCCUGUUCGUCACCGAAACAAGCAGCAGCAGCAGCAAUGGCAGCUCACCGGUGUUCAGGUCACUGACCAAGCUGUGCAUCACCUGGUGCAGAAAGCUGAGGAGCCUCGACAAUCUGCUGGAUCCAUUGCUUCUACCGAAAAUCAGGGUGAUACAGAUCUCCAACUGCGAGGAGUUGGCGUCGCUGCCAACCGACCAGCUCGGCGAAUUCGCUCACCUGGAGGAUCUGGAGGUGUCCCACUGCUGGAGCCUCGGCUGGGAGCGGGGCCUGACCCUGCCCAGCUCCCUGAAAUCGCUCAAGCUGGAAGCUUGCGGGGAGCCCAUGGAUCCCGCGCUCAGCCGCGGCCUGCGUGGGCUCCCGGCGAUCACCACCUUGGAGCUGCAAUUCUGCUCCGGGCUGGAGUCCAUCGGCGCGGAGGUCUGGAGCGGCCUGACGUCUCUCCGGAGGCUGAAGAUCUUCUGCUGCCAGGAGCUGAGCUCCAUCGGAGGAGCGGAAUCCAUUGCGAGGGUGGAGGAGGUUGACAUCAGGCACUGCCCGAAGCUGACGGAGCUGGAGCAGCCGUUUCAGAGAGGCUAGCUAGCUGCUGCUGCUGCUGCUGCUACGCACGACACAACCAUGUCUGAAAUAUUUCGAUUGAUUUGGAGGAAUUCUCCAACUGACUGACAGCCAUGUCUGCAAUGUUACCGACGGACAGUGUAUUUAGAUUGUGUAUAUAUGUAUGUGUGAUUCUGUUAUUAACAGUAGUGUGUAUUUUCUGUACGUUUGCUCUGUAAUUGACGAGUAGUAUCUAUCUUCGGAGAGGCUAGCUGCUGCUACGACAACCAUGUUUGUGUUUCUUUCAAGCUAAAGAUGAAUAAUUAUAUGAUUUUUAUGAUGGGUA